GGGACAGAUCGCUGAGUCUUGCGCAAGGCGUCAUUUCUCCGCGCGACCAUCUGACGCAGGCGUCGGCAGCUGUGAUAGCAGGCACGAUAGCCGGGAGCUCAUCUGUCGACGUGUGCGAGUCUGGAGGCUGCGACGCGCGAACCGCCCACGGAGUGCUCGGCUGGUGGGGACCACGUAAAGUGCUAAGCGACACCGUAAAAUUCACCGCCGGGGCCAUUUAAGGAAGUCCGCGCGACGUGUAGGUGUUCGUCGUGGAAGAUCCUGGAAGCUGACGUCAGCAGUAGUGCAGUAGCCGCGUAGCGCUGUCAAAACCCGAAGAAGAGACACAGUUGUCGGAGGGAGCUUCAGACUGCUCCAUUGCAGAAAACCUCUCCACACCUGACAACUGCUACGUUUGCUGUUGAUUCUGACUUUUGAACCUUACAUCUGUACGAUACUGUUCUGGGUGAACUGCGCUAGCCAUCAGUCUGUGUGUAGUUCGGUGACAACCUUGCGGCUGUGGAAUAGGAGCUGCAAACAUCACUGGAGAACGAGUCUCCACAAGGCAGUAGUCCCACGGGCAGCUCUCAACAAGUGUCUCAAGUACUCACACCCACUUCCGGAAACCAGUGUUCCAUAUUUUUCCACCAGCAGUGACUGCUUUUAACACAGGACCCGCAUCGGAUCUCUUACACAGGUGCUGGGACAAUUUUUCAUCAGAUCUACUGCAAGGACAAAGUAGUCCGCAUUGAACGAUAUAAGUGAACAGGCUUUUUUUUUUUUCUUACCCGUUUACGUGACUGAGUGUGACUGAUACGUGACUCCAGAAGAGAGAGCGCAACCAUAUCGGCCAACGUGAAGAGGUCAAAUACUGUGCACUGAAGACUGCCACAUAAGUGUUGGGCUAAUUUGUCAUCAGCACCACCGUAAGGUUCUGAGGCAAGAGUUGUGGUCUUUAUAAUUUUUUGGACGUGGCGAAGUAUCUGCGUUUGGCAAGUAGGUGAACUGGUGCUGCACGCUCACUUUUGAAGGGACGAAGUGGACGAUUGAAUAAAAGUGGCGUUUGGUGAAAGUUGGAGGGACCCGAUCGACGGUAGCUGACCAUGGUGGAGAAGGCGAGGUCGUGCGAGCGCUGGUUGCUGGUCGUGAUGGUUGGGGCGCUGCUCUCCGCGAGGUCGUGCAACCUGCUGCCCGACAACCCCAACCUCGAUGACGAUCCCUCGGAUGAUGGGGAUGGCAGUUUCUGGAGCCAGCGCUCAUACGGUGGGUACGUGGACGACUUCCUGGUGAAACUGCGACACGCAGUCGUCGACGAUGGCCUCGACCCGUUGGAGCCUCCAGAUGAAGUCCAGGACAUAGAUGAGAGAUCUGGACUGUCAACGUGGCACGCCGACGUGAGGCUGGAGCCGAGGGACAUGAGGGCCCUGAGGAAAGACAGCGCCGCCUUCGACGCCUGCCAGAGGCACGUGCAGCAGCAGGAGGACGACCAGGAGCUCGGAGACGUCUUGCUGAGCUACAUGUUCCUGGGGCGCGUGCUGCGAGUGGCACCUGUUGGCGACAUCUUUGGCCAACAGGAGGAGCUGAGGACGAGUAUCGAACGCUGGGUCGAAACGCUGCCCCUGCUGGUGGACACCAGUCCCUGGUCAAAUGGCCACGCCAGCCGGUUCAUACACAUAAGGAACCGACAGCUUACCAGACACAUCCCAUUGACGGCUUUUGGGGCCAGAAGUGACCACCAGCGCAGACAUUUUAGGAGGAGGUGACGAGGCGACACGGGAUCACUACUGUGCGGUCACUACCUCAGGAACGAAGAAUGUGAACCGCCCCGCUCUGGACAAAAUGAGUGCUCGAAUGGACACAACUGAGGUGGACCACAACUGCCUCACAUCGCUUCAGACUGGACCGCUUCACCUCUCUCCAGGUUCCCGUGGGGACCAUGAGACUGAAAUCGUGUCUCUUAUAGAGACCUCUUACGUCUAUGUGGAUCAUUAAUGCACAGAGGUUGGACAAAAUAACCGGAUCACACACCUAGUCUCUUGCAGGACUGCUUACGAACCGCCCUGGUACAAAUGGAAAACAAAAAUGAUGAAAUUAAAUUUCUUACAGAUGGUCCAUAGAAAGAAACCUCUGGGAAGAAAUUGUUGUUUACACUAGGUUGUCCACAUUGUUUUCAGUUUCCCAUAGUGGACACACUUUGAUACAACUGCAUAUUAGACUGACCGCUCCAAAGAAGGCAUACAGAGUGGUUGUCAUAGAUAUAUUGUUCUAUUUAUAUUUAUCAUUUGUGUAUCUGUCAGAUUGUUUGUGUUCUUAUAUUUAACUAUUU